UCCUGUCCGAGGAUAAAUAAAUAACGAUCAAUGGCGAUACAAACGACUAAAUUCUAAAGUGCAUUUUUUUUACUUCGUAUGUAUACACGCGCGUGUCAGUGCUACAAGGAUCAAAGUGUUACACAUAUAUAGGAAUUUCUGUGUAUAUAGAUAAAUAUAGCGACGACGUGUCAAAAGUUCACAACCUCGCAGUCCUGUUUCUCCUCACUCGCACAAGGUGGCGGGCCAGCGACCGCGCUUUGAGAGAUGGUCAUCGUUACCCGAGGCGAUUACAUAUGGAUCGAACCUAUAUCGGGGAGGGAAUUCGACGUCGCUAUCGGAGCACGGGUGAUUUCGGCGGAGGGCAGAAGAAUUCAAGUUAAGGACGACGAUAACAAGGAACAAUGGCUGACUCCCGAGAGAAGGAUAAAAGCUAUGCACGCGACCUCCGUCCAGGGCGUCGAAGACAUGAUAAGCCUCGGCGACCUCCACGAGGCUGGCAUCCUACGGAAUUUGCUAAUAAGAUACAACGAGAAUCUCAUCUACACGUACACCGGCUCCAUCCUCGUCGCCGUAAAUCCUUAUCAAAUCUUACCGAUCUACACGGCCGAGCAAAUAAAACUUUACAAGGAUCGGAAAAUCGGCGAAUUGCCACCCCACAUUUUCGCCAUUGGUGACAACAGCUAUGCUCACAUGAAUCGAUACGGUCAGGAUCAGUGUAUUGUUAUAAGUGGUGAAAGUGGAGCUGGUAAAACCGAAAGCACGAAAUUAAUACUUCAGUAUCUCGCUGCCAUCAGUGGUAAACACUCGUGGAUAGAACAGCAAAUUCUUGAAGCAAAUCCAAUUCUAGAAGCAUUCGGAAACGCAAAGACUGUGAGGAAUGACAAUUCUUCGAGAUUUGGUAAAUACAUCGAUAUCCAUUUCAACGAUCAAGGAGUCAUCGAGGGUGCGAAAAUAGAACAAUAUCUUUUGGAGAAAUCUCGUAUAGUUUCGCAGAAUUUGGACGAGAGAAAUUAUCACGUUUUCUAUUGUAUGCUCGCUGGCUUAUCGAGCGAGGAAAAGAAAAAAUUGGAAUUGGAGGACGCCUCGUCGUACAAAUAUCUUACUGGGGGUGGCAGUAUAACGUGCGAGGGUCGUGACGAUGCUGCAGAAUUCGCGGACAUUCGGUCAGCGAUGAAAGUUUUGUUGUUUACGGAUCCAGAAAUUUGGGAAAUCCUCAGGUUACUAGCGGCUCUUUUGCACAUGGGAAAUAUCAAGUACAGAGCUACUGUAGUCGACAAUUUAGACGCGACUGAAAUUCCGGAGCAAACGAACGUCAAAAGAGUCGCACAAUUAUUGGGAGUCCCGGUGCAAUCGCUCAUCGAUGCUUUGACGAGAAGAACUAUUUUCGCGCAUGGAGAAACAGUCGUUUCAACCCUUUCCCGCGAUCAAUCGGUCGACAUAAGAGACGCCUUCGUCAAGGGAAUUUACGGGCGAUUGUUCGUUCACAUAGUCAAAAAAAUAAACGAAGCGAUUUUUCGACCGAAACACGUGUCUCGAAGCGCCAUCGGUGUUCUCGACAUUUUUGGCUUUGAAAAUUUCAAUCACAAUAGUUUCGAACAAUUUUGCAUCAAUUACGCCAAUGAAAAUCUUCAACAGUUUUUCGUACGACAUAUUUUCAAACUCGAACAGGAGGAAUAUAAUCACGAGGGUAUAAAUUGGCAACACAUCGAGUUUGUCGAUAAUCAGGAUGCUCUCGAUCUCAUCGCCAUAAAGCAACUUAACAUUAUGGCUCUCAUCGACGAAGAAUCCAAAUUUCCAAAGGGUACUGACCAAACCAUGCUUGCCAAGAUUCACAAGACUCACGGAACCCACAGGAAUUAUUUGAAGCCGAAAUCCGAUAUAAAUACAUCGUUCGGCCUGAAUCAUUUUGCGGGGGUUGUGUUUUACGAUACGAGGACUUUCCUGGAAAAGAAUCGAGAUACGUUCAGUGCUGAUCUUCUACAACUGAUUCACAUAUCGUCCAACAAAUUUCUUCAGACAUGUUUCGCCGAGGAUAUUGGUAUGGGAUCGGAAACCCGGAAAAGAGCUCCGACCCUAUCGACGCAAUUUAAAAAAUCGUUAGAUUGCUUGAUGAGGACACUCAGCACUUGUCAACCUUUUUUCAUCAGGUGUAUUAAGCCCAACGAGUACAAAAAACCGAUGAUGUUCGAUCGAGGUCUUUGUUGCCGCCAAUUAAGAUAUUCGGGAAUGAUGGAGACCAUUAGGAUUCGUAGAGCAGGAUACCCGAUUCGACAUUCCUUUCCCGAAUUCGUUGAAAGAUACCGUUUCCUCAUCUCGGGAAUACCGCCAUCACACAAGACUGAUUGCAGAGCUGCUACAGCAAGAAUUUGUCACGUCGUACUUGGCAGAUCAGAUUAUCAGUUGGGUCACACAAAAGUUUUUCUCAAGGACGCACACGAUCUGUUUCUGGAGCAAGAACGCGACAGAGUUUUGACUCGGAAAAUUCUCAUACUUCAACGUAACAUACGCGGUUGGGUUUAUCGUCGACGAUUUUUGAGAAUGCGAGCGGCGGCCAUAAUAAUGCAGAAAAAUUGGCGUGGUUACGCUCAACGAAAGCGGUACAAGAGCAUGAGAAUCGGUUACAUGAGGCUUCAGGCUCUUAUACGAUCGAGAGUUUUGUCACAUCGAUUCAGACAUUUGCGAGGUCACAUCGUUGCCCUGCAAGCUCGAGCACGCGGCCAUCUCGUUCGACGAAUGUAUCGAAAGAAAAUGUGGGCCAUUGUCAAAAUUCAAGCUCACGUUAGACGUUUGAUUGCUCAGAGGCGUUACAAAAAAAUACAAUACGAGUACAGGCUCCAUGUCGAGGCGUUACGCUUGCGAAAAAAAGAAGAACGCGAACUCAAAGAUCAAGGCAACAAGCGUGCAAAGGAAAUUGCUGAACAAAACUACAGAGAACGGAUGCAAGAAUUGGAAAGGAAAGAAAUGGAAAUGGAAAUCGAGGAUAGACGCAGAAUGGAAAUAAAGAAGAAUCUGAUAAACGAUGCCGCUAAAAAGCAAGACGAGCCGGUCGAUGACAGCAAACUCGUUGAAGCGAUGUUCGACUUUCUCCCAGACUCUAGCAGCGAAGCUCCAACUCCCGCGAGAGAAACAUCCGUUUUCAACGAUUUACCAGCACCGAAAACAGAUCAACAAGAAAUCAUAAGUCCUAUGCAGACAGCAUCGGAAGACGAGGAAGAUCUGUCGGAAUUCAAGUUUCAAAAAUUCGCUGCUACUUAUUUCCAGGGCAAUAUUACACAUCAGUAUUCAAGGAAGCCCUUGAAACAUCCUCUUUUGCCUCUUCACACUCAAGGCGAUCAAUUGGCGGCUCAAGCGCUCUGGAUAACGAUACUUCGAUUCACCGGUGAUUUGCCGGAGCCGCGUUAUCACACGAUGGACAGAGACACGACAUCGGUAAUGUCGAAAGUGACAGCGACUCUGGGUCGGAAUUUCAUUCGUAGCAAAGAGUUUCAAGAGGCCCAAUUGAUGGGAAUGGAUCCCGUACGUACGAUAGAAGAUACAUUUUUGAAGCAGCCUAAGCCGGCACGUUCGAUAAGACACAAAUUAGUCUCGCUAACUCUGAAGCGAAAGAACAAAUUGGGCGAAGAUGUCAGAAGAAAGCUCCAGGAGGACGAAUAUACGGCGGACAGUUAUCAAUCGUGGCUGGAAGCGCGACCAACGUCGAAUCUGGAAAAAUUGCACUUUAUAAUCGGUCAUGGAAUAUUGCGAGCUGAAUUGCGCGACGAAAUAUAUUGUCAAAUUUGCAAACAGUUGACGAACAAUCCAUCGAAAUCGUCGCACGCACGUGGCUGGAUUUUGUUAUCACUGUGCGUCGGCUGUUUCGCUCCAUCGGAGAAAUUCGUCAAUUACCUUCGUGCUUUUAUCCGCGAAGGACCGCCAGGAUACGCGCCAUACUGCGAGGAUCGUCUGAAGCGAACGUUCAACAACGGCACGAGAAAUCAACCACCCAGUUGGUUGGAGCUCCAAGCAACAAAAUCAAAAAAGCCGAUAAUGCUUCCGAUUACAUUUAUGGACGGCAAUACGAAAACUUUGCUAGCUGAUUCAGCAACGACGGCCCGGGAAUUGUGCAAUCAAUUGUCCGACAAAAUAUCGCUCCGCGAUCAAUUCGGUUUUUCCCUCUACAUCGCUCUCUUCGACAAAGUUUCAUCUCUCGGAAGUGGCGGAGAUCACGUUAUGGACGCAAUUUCGCAAUGCGAACAGUACGCGAAAGAACAAGGUGCUCAGGAACGAAACGCCCCUUGGCGUUUGUUCUUCAGAAAAGAAAUAUUCGCGCCAUGGCACGAACCCACCGAAGAUCAAGUUGCGACUAAUCUGAUCUAUCAACAAGUCGUACGGGGAGUCAAAUUCGGUGAAUAUCGGUGCGACAAGGAAGAAGAUUUGGCGAUGAUCGCCGCUCAGCAAUAUUACAUCGAGUAUCAUACCGACAUGAACGUCGACAGACUUUUCGCUCUUUUGCCAAAUUAUAUACCGGAUUAUUGUUUCUCCGGUAUCGACAAAGCUAUAGAUCGUUGGGGACAUCUUGUUCUUCAGGCUUACAAAAAGAGUUAUUAUCUCAAGGAAAAAGUACCAGCCCUACGCGUCAAAGAAGAUAUCGUAGGAUACGCCAAGUUUAAAUGGCCUCUUCUGUUUUCACGUUUUUACGAGGCCUAUCGUAAUUCCGGGCCGAAUUUACCCAAAAACGAUGUUAUCAUAGCCGUCAAUUGGACCGGGGUUUACGUCGUUGACGAUCAGGAACAAGUACUACUGGAACUAUCUUUCCCCGAGAUAACCACCGUGUCUAGUCAAAAAACAAACAAAAUGUUUACGCAAACGUUCAGUUUGUCGACGGUGCGUGGAGAAGAGUUUACGUUUCAGAGCCCGAACGCCGAGGACAUCAGAGAUUUGGUGGUUUAUUUUUUGGAGGGUUUGAAGAAGAGAAGUAAAUUCGUAAUUGCCUUGCAAGAUUACAAGGCCCCGGGCGAAGGCUCGUCUUUUUUAAACUUUCAAAAGGGAGAUCUGAUCGUACUGGAGGACGAGAGUACUGGCGAGACUGUAUUAAAUUCGGGCUGGUGUGUUGGAACUUGCGAGAGAACUAACGACAAGGGAGAUUUUCCGGCUGAGACUGUUUACGUUUUGCCCUCUCUGUCGAAACCGCCAAACGAUAUUUUGGCACUAUUUAGCAUCGAGGGAACGGAAAAUGGUCGCAGAUUGUAUCCCCAGCAAAUGAACGGUGUCGAGCCUCGUGACAAACCUCAUACUCUUCUCGAAUAUGCCAUCGAUCAUUUCCGCACACCGCCCAAAAGAACAAUGUCGAAGGCCCUGACCCUGACGACCGCUCGCAGGGGUCACAGCGACGAAUUAUGGCGUCAUUCUCGUGAUCCCAUAAAGCAACCUUUGCUGAAAAAGCUCGUCUCUAAAGAAGAACUCGCCGAGGAAGCUUGUUUCGCCUUCAACGCAAUCCUUAAGUACAUGGGCGACUUACCGACGAAACGACCACGUACAGGCAAUGAAUACACGGAUCUCAUAUUCGACGGACCGCUCAAAAACGAAAUCUUACGGGAUGAAAUUUACUGUCAGAUAAUGAAACAACUCACUGAUAAUCGUAAUCGACUCAGUGAAGAACGCGGCUGGGAACUCAUGUGGCUCGCGACUGGUCUGUUCACCUGCAGCCAAAGUCUGCUCAAGGAGUUGACGCUUUUUCUCCGCACACGCCGACAUCCGAUUUCCCAAGACUCGCUUCAGAGGCUACAAAAAACGUUACGCAACGGUCAACGAAAGUAUCCACCUCAUCAAGUCGAGGUUGAAGCUAUACAGCACAAAACUACACAAAUAUUUCACAAAGUCUAUUUCCCUGAUGACACUGACGAGGCCUUCGAAGUCGAUUCAUCCACGAGAGCGAAGGAUUUCUGUCAAAAUAUCGCUCAAAGAUUGAACUUACGUUCGGCCGAAGGAUUCAGUUUGUUCGUCAAAAUUGCUGAUAAAGUUAUAUCCGUUCCUGAGGGAGAUUUCUUUUUCGAUUUCGUCAGGCAUUUGACUGAUUGGAUACGAAAAGCUCGACCAUCCAGAGAUGGUGUACCUCCGCAGUUCACUUACCAGGUUUUCUUCAUGAAGAAAUUGUGGACGAAUACCGUACCAGGAAAAGAUAGAAACGCCGAUCUUAUAUUCCAUUUCCACCAGGAACUACCGAAACUUUUAAGAGGGUAUCACAAAUGCACGAAAGAAGAAGCAUCGAGACUAGCCGCCCUUGUUUACCGAGUUCGUUUUGGUGAAAGCAAACAAGAACUCCAAGCAAUUCCGCAAAUGCUCCGAGAACUCAUACCCAGUGAUUUAAUGAAGAUACAAAGUGCUAAUGACUGGAAGAGAUCCAUUAUCGCUGCCUAUAAUCAAGACGCUGGAAUGAGUCCCGAAGACGCUAAGAUAACUUUCCUCAAAAUCGUCUAUCGCUGGCCAACUUUCGGUUCAGCUUUCUUUGAGAUAAAACAAUCGACUGAACCGAAUUAUCCCGAAUUGUUACUCAUUGCCAUUAACAAACACGGUGUGAGCCUCAUACAUCCCCAAAGCAAGGAUAUAUUGGUGACACAUCCCUUCACUCGAAUCUCAAAUUGGUCAUCGGGCAACACGUAUUUUCAUAUGAUGAUAGGAAAUCUGGUGCGUGGCUCGAAGCUCCUGUGCGAAACUUCUCUUGGUUAUAAAAUGGACGAUCUACUGACGUCAUACAUAUCGUUGAUGCUAACGAAUCUAAAUAAACAACGUACGAUAAGGAUAAAAUAAGAAAAACGAUGCUUAGUGAAAUUGGAAGGCGCGAAACGAAACAACGUAGGCAUUAGAACAUUAUUAUUAUUAUUAUGCUGUGAAGAAAACAAGUUUUGCAGCGAAAAAAAUUUUUUUUUAUCAAACUCGAGGCAAGUCUAAGCUUUUGUUAAAGUUGCUCAUAUUGUUAUGUAAUUGCUACAUAUAUAAACAGUCUGGAAAUUGGUGAAUAUGAUACGUCGUUAAAAUGUGCGAUUUUUUUGUAAUAAUUCACGUAUGCGUACGUAAAAAAAGAGAGAAAGAGAGCGAGAGAGAGAGAGAGAGAUUAGUAAAUCCCAAAAACUUGUACAUGAAUUCAACGAUUAGGAUUAUAUAUUUUUUGCUACAAAAAAUCUGUAAAAUAAUAUAUCUACGAUGUUAAAGCUGCUUAAAUUUCAAUCGUCGAAUCUCAAAACUCUGCGGGUUCUUGUCAAAACGCAUGGACGAGAUUUGAAAAAUAGAGAACGAAAAAAACAAGAUAAAUAAGAGCGAGAAUCAUAUACAGACGUCUCUGUAUGCAAGUAGCAAGUCCGUGGGUAAAUCUUCCAUUGUCCAAACAUUGUAUCCGUCCAAUUCUUCGUAAGAAUGUAAUUAUUAUUAGAGGUACUGUUUUACUGUUGAGAAUUAUAAAGAUAACCAUGGUCACCAUCGA